GGCAGUAUUCUUUGUACUAGGCAAGCGGCCGACAUGUCAGGCUGGUUCACUCUCUUCACCAAUUGCCGCUACGUCCUCAAUGGCGAGCUGGUCGAAGACCACCUUGUCAUCUCCGACGAAACAGGCCUUAUCCUGAAGAGAGAUGGCUACAUCGGAGGUGAAGCCAUCGACCUGGAAGACACCAUCAUAGCCCCGGGCUUUCUCGAGUUGCACACCAAUGGUGCCAAUGGCUUUCAUUUCACCCAUUUUGAGGACGAGAUAAGCUACGGAAAGAAGAUCGAUGGCAUUGCACGGUACUAUGCCACCCAGGGAGUCACGGGGUUCUGGGCGACUCUGCCUACUAUCAAGGUUGAUGAAUUUCAAAAGAUUCUUCCAGCACUCUCUCCUCGCGACAUCCCCUCGUCAGCCUCGCUCCUGGGCGCGCAUACCGAAGGCCCAUACCUUCAUCCUUCAAAGAAGGGGGCGCAUAAUAGUUCUUUGUUCCAGUCCUGUUCAACCUCUCCAGCCACUGUUUACGGAUCUUCGCAUCUUCAGUCUGCCGUCAAGCUUGUCACCAUAGCCCCGGAAUUGCCUGACUCGGCAGCGCUGAUCAAAUCAUUGACGUCACAGGGUAUCAGAGUCGCCAUGGGCCAUUCGACUGCGACGUAUGAACAGGGCUUGGCUGGCCUCAGUGCUGGAGCCAGUGGAUUAACACACACUUUGAAUGCGAUGCCCAGUUGGGCUUCCAGAGCGCCAGGCUUGGCUGGCUUGGUUUCCUUACCAGAGACAGGCAAGAUUGCGCCCCCAUGGUACACAAUCAUUGCAGACGGAGAGCAUCUGCAUCCCAAUACCGUGUCUCUGCUUCACCGUUCAAACCCCAAACGCUCCAUUGUCAUCACUGACAGUAUUGAACUUGCUUCGCUCAAAGACGGAACCUACCCUGGCCACUCACAGAUUCCCUUUGAACAGGUCAAGCGCGGCACACGAGCCACGAUAGCGGGUACCGAUACCUUGAUAGGCGGAUGCAUUCCGCUCCAGCAAAGUAUGAGGAACUUGAUGGAUUGGUCUGGCUGUGGCAUCGCCGAAGCAGUAGGCACAGUGACUGAAAACGUAGCCGCCUUUAUGGGCCUCGACGGGCAAGGCGGCAGAGGUAUACUGAAGGAAGGCAGGAGGGCCGAUCUGACUGUGUUGAGCGAGCAAGGAGAGGUGCUGCAGACGUGGGUCGCUGGCCACAAAGUGUGGGAUAAAGAGGACAGUCUACGAGCCUAUGAAGACGACGCGGAGGCGAGAGGAUGAUGUUG